AUGGCCGAUCCUCCAAGAAAAGAGCGUGACACGAUCAUGGCAAGAGCAGUGCUGCUGCCAAUUACAAACUUCAACCCUGGCACACCUCGUCUGGACGGCAGAGAAGCACGCCUGAAAGCAAUGAUAUCAAAUUCAGAUGCACACGACAGAGAAGUCAGAAAUAGAAUGUUCAGCGCAACAUUCGCACCCGAUGCCAUAGAGGCCAACAAGACACGCCCAGAGAUAACCGAACAGACGACUCCAGAAGUGCUCGCUGCCUCGGACUCACUGCGCAGAUGCAAAGAGUACAAUACCCGUGCUGCCCAACAGAGACAGUUUCUCAACGAGACUCUGAGAAAGUACGAUGGGUCUGCAGCAUCUUCGCCUGCCACGACGGCUGGUGCUCGUAGAGAAAGCACUGGCAUGGCUCCUGUUGCGCCAAUGGGCGCUCCUGCGGCAGUUAUGGAAGGGGUGAGGAGGACAGGUGUGGCACCUACUGCACCAAUGAUGACUAAACCUACUCCUGCUCCUCUGCCCACAUCUUCUGCUGCACAGAUGUUCCCGUUCCCGUACUCGAAUCCAAACAUCGACGCGAGCAGAGACCCCAGGAGACGCUGA